AUGAGGGAUAUUCAGAAGGUAUGUGUGUAAGUCCACACGACCAGCUAACUAGCCUCAGUAGGGAGGGUCAGGUGAAGAGAGUGAGAACAGGUGGCGUAGUUGGAGGGAGGAAGUGAUUAUGAAACAGAGCCCUGUAGAUGAAGGGUGACACAGCGACGGAGAGGAGGACUUCAAAGGACUUUGAUGUCACAGGCCUUUCAGACAGCCAACUCUGCCCCCUCCCCCCGCAGUUGAUCAGGGCGGGGCAGGGCAGGGUGCAGCAUUACCCGCUGUUGCAUCACCCUCCGUAGAGUCUGUCUCUGAACCCAGCCGCCCUCCCUCCCCAUCUCAUUAUGCCAGCAAACUUAAACAAGCUGAUGGGUUCAUUUACUGUACCUUCACACACACACACACCUACGUACAUAUGGUCGCCCCAGCAAAAUAACAACAGCCUAACAACAACUAUAUUGAAAAGUAUACUUUUGUCUGUUUUUAAAAUUCAAAGCUUGGGUGUGAGUGGGUGUAAGCUGUGUUGUCAGUGAAAUAACACAGCAUUUUCCCCUGACUUCUAUGAAACAGCCAUUGCCUCAGAUAAACCACUAGAUCCCUCAGUCACAGCAUAGUAUACAACAAUCUCCCCAGACAUUUAGGCUAAGUGGACAUGAAGCUUUGUUACUUUUUACCCCUGUGAGUAAAUACCAUGCAGGCAGCUUAACCAGACUGUUUUUGCUCUGAAAUGGCUUUGGAGUGGUUUCACCAAUUGACAGAAAGGGUAUUUAUUUGGGAAUCGAUUAUCUUGCAUGCUGAGGGUAGAUGGAGAUUGGCACAAACAAUUGCACUUAGUGAUGCUCCAUUAAAAUACAACCCACGUGGGUGUACUUUAUGGUCAGACAUAUCCAUGGUGUGUACUGGGUGUGUGUCCUCUCUGUUGUUCCCUCCCCUGACCUUCCCCUGUGUUUGCCCAUUACCCCUUUACUGCCAUAUAGAUGCUCCAUCGAUCCAGGCACAAAUUAAGAUUUAAACGUUACGUCACGCGGCCUAUCGAGUUUUACAUUUAGGGCAUUUGUAAUAUGCAAGACUUAUUGAUCCAGCGAGCAGUCAGUGUUUAUAAAAAACACCCUCUGCCAUCAGCAGCGCUUUUGCAUUUUUUUCUAACCACUGUCUCUGGAAUACAUAGGCCUGCAUACUGUGACAGAACAUUCUCUCCCUGAGUUUCACUCGACCUUUUUCUCUUUUUACAUGUAUGUCUCUCAGAGUUAGUUAACUUUUGAACUCAAUCUCUAUCACGCUCUUUUCUCUGUCUGACUGAUUUCUCAACCCUUCUUCAAUCUCUCUCUCUCUAACUCAGUUAUAACUCUCCAGUGUGUUUUUUUGUGUUUUCAUUUUGUUUUGGGGGUGUAACGUGAAGUUCCAUCCUUGUGUUACAGGAAAACGGCUCCCCCGAGGAACACGUGCUCUACGUGUGGGACCACUUUGUGUCCAAAGCCGCCGCCAGGAACGUCUUUGUCGUGGCGCACAGCUACGGAGGCCUGUCGUUGGUGGAGUUGGUGAGUGGUUGCUUUCUUUCCUCUACCCCCCCUUCAUCCCACCCCCAGCCUACCACCUCCGGGACAGUCAGCCGGUGUGGUAGCGUGUGAAAUGCGGUGGAAUGAUUAAAAAUAAAUAACAUUUAGUUUCUUUGAGAAAGUGCUGCUUCUAUAAACAAGCCAGUUCAUCCCUGUCCUAGGGCGCAAUCCACUUCCUCUCCUCCACACAUCAAGACUGAGCAAGAACGAGAGGGAGAAAACGGAGAGAGAAAUAGAUCAAGAAACAAGGGUUCUAUUAAACCAGCCCUGGGAGAGGAGAGAGAGAGAGGGGAGGGGUCUCUGUUGCAUCUUUGUCUCUUUCUAGUGUUGAGAGUCUAGAAUGAAGUCUAGCCUAUAUUUUUCUAGUGUUGAGGUUAUAUAUACCUCUCAGUGUUGCGUCUCUCAAUGUUUAUUAUUGGCUGUACGGCUACAGUGAGGGAAAAAAGUAUUUGAUCCCCUGCUGAUUUUGUACGUUUGCCCACUGACAAAGACAUGAUCAGUCUAUAAUUUUAAUGGUAGGUUUAUUUGAACAGUGAGACAGAAUAACAAAACAAAAAUCCAGAAAAACGCAUGUCAAAAAUGUUAUAAAUUGAUUAGCAUUUUAAUGAGGGAAAUAAGUAUUUGACCCCUCUGCAAAAUAUGACUUAGUACUUGGUGGCAAAACCCUUGUUGGCAAUCACAGAGGUCAGACCUUUCUUGUAGUUGGCCACCAGGUUUGCACACAUCUCAGGAGAGAUUUUGUCCCACUCCUCUUUGCAUACCCAUCCACAACCCAUUUUCAAUGCCCUGGCUGAGGGAAGGAGGUUCUCACCCAAGAUUUGACGGUACAUGGCGCCGUCCAUCAUCCCUUUGAUGCGGUGAAGUUGUCCUGUCCCCUUAGCAGAAAAACACCCCCAAAGCAUAAUGUUUCCACCUCCAUGUUUGACGGUGGGGAUGGUGUUCUUGGGGUCAUAGGCAGCAUUCCUCCUCCUCCAAACACGGCGAGUUGAGUUGAUGCCAAAGAGCUCCAUUUUGGUCUCAUCUGACCACAACACUUUCACCCAGUUCUCCUAUGAAUCAUUCAGAUGUUCAUUGGCAAACUUCAGACGGGCCUGUAUAUGUGCUUUCUUGAGAAGGGGGACCUUGCGGGCGCUGCAGGAUUUCAGUCCUUCACGGCGUAGUGUGUUACCAAUUCUUUUCUUGGUGACAAUGGUCCCAGCUGCCUUGAGAUCAUUGACAAGAUCCUCCCGUGUAGUUCUGGGCUGAUUCCUCACCGUUCUCAUGAUCAUUGCAACUCCACGAGGUGAGAUCUUGCAUGGAGCCCCAGGCCGAGGGAGAUUGACAGUUCUUUUGUGUUUCUUCCUUUUGCGAAUAAUCGCACCAACUGUUGUCACCUUCUCACCAAGCUGCUUGGCGAUGGUCUUGUAGCCCAUUCCAGCCUUGUGUAGGUCUACAAUCUUGUCCCUGACAUCCUUGGAGAGCUCUUUGGUCUUGGCCAUGGUGGAGAGUUUGGAAUCUGAUUGAUUGAUUGCUUCUGUGGACAGGUGUCUUUUAUACAGGUAACAAGAUGAGAUUAGGAGCACUCCCUUUAAGAGUGUGCUCCUAAUCUCAGCUCGUUACCUGUAUAAAAGACACCUGGGAGCCAGAAAUCUUUCUGAUUGAGAGGGGGUCAAAUACUUAUUUCCCUCAUUAAAAUGCAAAUCAAUUUAUAAAAUUUUUGACAAGCGUUUUUCUGAAUUGUUUUGUUGUUAUUCUGUCUCUCACUGUUCAAAUAAACCUACCAUUAAAAUUAAAAUUAUAAACCUACUAUUUAAUUUAUAGACUGAUCAUUUCUUUGUCAGUGGGCAAACGUACAAAAUCAAAUACUUUUUUCCCUCACUGUAUGUGUCUCCUGUGUUAAAUAAGUCCAAGUUGCAGUACCCAGGUAGCGGGCUCUAGGUUAGGUGCUAGGCUCACAGGACUCUCUCCUUCUGUCUCCCUCUUUACUGCUCAGAUAGCUAGGCUAGGCUAGGCGCUAGGCUCACAGGGCUCUAUCUCCUUCUGUCCCUCUCUGCAGUGCUCAGAUAGCUAGGCUAGGUGCUAGGCUCACAGGGCUCUCUCUCCUCCUGUCUCUCUCUGCAGUGCUCAGAUAGCUAGGCUAGGCUAGGUGCUAGGCUCACAGGGCUCUCUCUCCUCCUGUCUCUCUCUGCAGUGCUCAGAUAGCUAGGCUAGGCUAGGCGCUAGGCUCACAGGGCUCUCUCUCCUUCUGUCUCUCUAUGCAGUGCUCAGAUAGCUAGGCUAGGUGCUAGGCUCACAGGGCUCUCUCUCCUCCUGUCUCUCUCUGCAGUGCUCAGAUAGCUAGGCUAGGCUAGGUGCUAGGCUCACAGGGCUCUCUCUCCUUCUGUCUCUCUCUGCAGUGCUCAGAUAGCUAGGCUAGGCUAGGUGCUAAGCGCGCUAGGCUCACACAGCUCUCUCUCUUUCUCUCUGACAGCUGGUGCAGGAGCCUGGUUGUGAUGAUAGCUCUUUGAUCUGUUGGAUUUACUGGUAGACUCUCCAUGAACCCACAUCAUUUAAAGCAUCUCUCUCCUCUGCUUUUGAAGAGCUGAGAGUAGGUGAGGAGACAAGUAGUGGGGGGUGGGCGGUGUGGGCACUUGUCCCACUGGUAAUUCCAGGAAUAUACAAAAAAAUUAUCCUGUAACCUACUCUUUUUUUGUUUUGUAUUUUGUAAUUUUAAUGUGCCUGCUAAAUAUUAAUGUGGUGUUUUGUCCGUGACAGCCAUUCCCUCCCGGCUCUGUGUGUGCCGAGGAUGGUGUGGUCUCUCUCUCUCUCACACACACAUGUAUGUUUGAAUAUUUGUAAUUUUUCCCUAUCACCUGGGUCUCUACCUUGUGUCAUAGCUCCCUCACCCCUCCUUCCCGCACCCUCUCUGGACUAGCCAUGACUCCUGACCCCUAGGGAGCAUUGGGGCCAGCAAGCCAUGGAGCUAAGGGGCUCAACCAUCCCACCAAGACCCCAGGCCAGACAGCCCUCCCUCCCCAAGCUAUCCCCUGACAGCCCCUACUCUUCCCCAUUGGGAUCUAGCUUCAUAGGGAACAAUGAUCAGGUUUUUGUUCCUUCAUUGCCACUGUAGGGGCAUUGUUGCUUUCAUAAAAGCCUAUGUUACUGGACCUUUCUCCACAAUAUCCUGUAAAUGUACUAACCCACACUGUAAUUCACAUAUGCACACAAACACUUUAAUGUGCGGACACAUGCACAUACCAUACACACGGAAACAGAGAAAUAUACACACAAGCACUCACAUUCAUUUGCAGGCACACGAGCAUGCACACACACACACACACAGACACAUUCAUCCACCUAAUUGAGGAGAAAGUGGCCGGGGGGGAAGGGGGAGAGACACGGGUUGGUGGAGUGGGAUGUGAGACUUGCGGGAUGAACCAUUUGACACCCGAGCAGACCCAGAGAAAACAAGCUGUCUCUGGGUUAAUUAUAGCUCCCCUUUGCAGUUAAUAAAAACGUUUCUGAUCAAGCACAUCAAACAAUCUGCGAUUAAUUUCUCCUGCUCUGCUCUCCUCUGCUCGCUACCAUUUAGCCCCCAGUUUGGAGCACUCAACUGUUUCAUUGCAAUUUGAUUUAUUUUAAAACACUUCAUAGUGUGUAUAGACUAAUUAUAGUUACAUCAAAGAGUAGCUAAAUGCCUUUGAAUGGGAGAAGAUUGCUGCAGGGAGGAGGAUAGCUUUAUGUUGGAAUCUACCAAGUUUCAAUACCGGGAAUAAUUCAUAUUUAUCCCGAGAGUCCUGGGAAAUACAGAAAAAAAUCGGAAGCGGCCAGUUAAAGCAUUUAAAACCAAUAUAUUGUCACUAUGCCAGGGUUCUCCCCAAAUAAGAUUGUCGCUGUGCCACCUUGUCGGCUUGGCUGUGCCACUAUGUAAAGAUUUCAGAGCAAAUGAAACUGAGAUUUAGGAAUGAUAGAGUAACGAACUUUGAUCGCCAAUGGCAUUGUUGUGAAUUUAUGAACAGGCCAUUCAUAAAUUCCAAGCGUUAUGAUGUUCCUCAAUUAAUUCAGCGCAUUUCAGCAGUCUCGACACAGAGUGCGAUCAGGACGUACAGAGCGCACCCCGAGUAUAGCGCUGUCAAAUUAUACAAACGUUGUGACGGCAGUCAAAUGAAAAAAGUCAAAUGACCAACAUUGAUCAUCUUGCUUGAUAAACCUCCCUCAACGAAUGACCGAAUAUCUCCUAUUUGGCAAAAUGUAGUUGAUGAUAAUACAGAGAUCAGCUCAUGAAUAACGGGGUGAUGAAGAGUGCAAAUAGUUUAAAUAUCAAGGUAUCUUAACAGGUACCAACUCUGUUCAAAAAAUAUCCAUAUCUACUCUCAUACCUUUUGUUGAGCACGCUUUCUCUAUAUGAGCAGCAAGUACGAGACAGUGCAGAGAAGUGGGGGAAAUGUUAUAGCGGUAUAAUGACAUGCAUAGGCGAGCCGUGCUUUGAUAAUGCGACCUAUGUAUUACAGACUAAAGUUAGGAAUUUUCAUGCGAGUCAGGAGUCAGGAUUUUGGGUUUCAGUGGGAUUGGGACUGGAUAGAAAAAUAGCCUAGACUCUAGGACAGGAGAAGAUAGCAUUUUCCCUCAUGCCUCUCUGAAUUGUUAAUAGACGUCAUGUCUGUGACAGAGAUGCCUGUGUAGUGAAUUGUGCAUAGGCCUAUCAAAUUUGUGACUGUCUGAAGAGUCACAAUGACAGCUCAAAGAGGCACACAUUAUUUUAGAGGCUAUACUGUAGGGGUUUCCUGUAGGGUUUAUUACUGCAUCCUGGUCGCGCGUGCAGUCUGGCAGUGUCGAUUAUGCGUGCGCUUUGAAUUUAUGGCGACUUUAUGUGAAGUAGAUACACUCGGUUAAAACCUUCCAUGCCACAACCUGUUUGGAUAAUGUGCCAUUUAAUUUUUGGCUAAUCUGGUUCUGCUCAUGUUGUGUAUUUUGUGGAAUUGCAUUAAAAUGUUGUAAUUUCCAGAGUCUUCUCAUACAUUUUUGGGGGGAAAUGUGAAGAGUGCUCCUGGGAUAGUCCCAGGAUCCCGGUUACCCAUGUUAAUCCCUAUGUUGGAGUGAAUAGUAGCCUAACCUUCUCCCUCCCUCCAUCCCUCCUCUCUUCUCUCUUUUGCUCUAUCAAACCAACCUCUAUCAAACCCACCUAUCCCGAUCCGUAUACUUACUUUCCUUCUCCGAUUCCAUCGCUCUUCACAACGUCCUCCCUCUCUUUUUAUUCUCUCCUGUCCUCUCUGUCUCACUCUCUCUCUCUCUCAACACUCUCACUUCGCCGCCUCUUCUCUCUCUCUCUCUCUCCUCUUCUCUUCGAUCCUCUCUGUCUCUCUGUCCUCUCUGCUCUCUCACUCUCUCUCUCUCCCCUCUCUCUCUCUCCUCUUCUCCUACUCUCUCUCUCUCCUCGCCUCUCUCUCUCACAUCGCUGCUCUCCGAUCACUCCUCUCCUCUCUCCUCCAGAUCAUCUCUCCUCUCAACUCUCUCUCCAUCUGCUCUCCCCUCUUCUCUCCUCUCCGUCUCUCUGUCUCUCUCUGUCUCUCUCUCUCUGUAGGACUUGUACUUGGCUUUAAAACUUCAAUCUGUGAUUGGUAAAUCAAUUUUUGGACUUUAAAUCAAUGACAUACUCAUUGAUUCUUGAAUAAUAUAACUUAUAAAUACCUCAUGAGCUUAGUUCAACUGUCGUACCCCAUCAGAACCCCAAAUAUACAUUUUUUUUACUCCAAUGUUAGUAAACAAUGUAAUUGUAAACAAAUGGGUCAUACUUGCGAACAUUAGAAAAAGUUUAAGUGAAACUGUUUUCUCCAUCUCAAAAUGCACAUCAGCCAAUUCAAAUUGUCGAUGAACCUGCACGUGAUAAAAGAGUUAGCCAAUUAAAAUUGUUGAUGUAGUUGGACGUGAUCCAACACUUUUGCCUUGUCCUCUCUGUGAAAGCGUUCUGAUAAUCAAAGCAACUAGAUCACAUGUUUGACUGACUGGUAAUUUACAAGUAACACCAAAAUAAAGAAACACCAAUAGAAAGUGUAUUAAUAGGGCGUUGGGCCACCACAAGCCAGAACAGCUUGAAUGCACCUUGGCAUAGAUUCUACAAGUGUCUGGGACUCUAUAGGAGGAAAGUGACACCCUUCUUCCAAGAGUAAUUCCAUCAUUUGGUGUUUUGUUGGUGGUGGAAAAUGCUGUCUCAUGCACCGCUCCAGAAUCUACCAUAAGUGUUCAAUUGGGUUGAGAUCUGGUGACAGACAGCCAUGGCAUAUGGUUUAUAUCGUUUUCAUGCUCAGCAAACCAUUCAGUGACCACUCGUGCCCUGUGGAUGGGGGCGUUGUCAUCCUAUGGGGGCAUAGCCAUGGUAACCAAAAUCAUAGCCUGCCCAGAAUUGUUAUACCUGACCCUAAGCAUGAUGGGAUGUUAAUUGCUUAAUUAACUCAGGAACCACACCUGUGUGGAAGCACCUGCUUUCAAUAUACGUUGUAUCCCUCAUUUACUCAAGUGUUCCCGUUAUUUUGGCAGUUACCUGUAGGUCUCAGUGUAGAGCGCCUAGAUUAUAUAUACACCCCUGACUUUCAUUUGCUACAAGUACCAGCCAAGCCCAUUCAAAUGGCAUGGAUAGGAUGUCAGGGACCAGCUAUCCUGUGUGCAUGGACCCACUCAUACCCGCAUCGACACGCAAAUGCAUACAUACACACACACACACACACACACACACACACACACACACACACACACACACACACACACACACACACACACACACACACACACACACACACACACACACACACACACACACACACACAUACCAGUGAGAGCCCCAGUCUGCCUAUCUGUCUGCCUGUCUCCCUGCCUGCCUGCCUGUCUGCUUGCCUGUCUGUCAGCGUGCCUGCCUGCCUUCCUAAUCUUCCUAGUUGCCUGUCUGUCAGCCUGCCUGCCUGCAUUCCUAACCUUCCUAGUUGCCUGUCUGUCUGUCAGCCUGCCUGCCUGCCUAACCUUCCUAGUUGCCUGUCUGUCAGCCUGCCUGCCUGCCUUCCUAACCUUCCUAGUUGCCUGUCUGUCAGCCUGCCUGCCUGCCUGCCUAACCUUCCUAGUUGCCUGUCUGUCAGCCUGCCUGCCUGCAUUCCUAACCUUCCUAGUUGCCUGUCUGUCUGUCAGCCUGCCUGCCUGCCUAACCUUCCUAGUUGCCUGUCUGUCAGCCUGCCUGCCUGCCUUCCUAACCUUCCUAGUUGCCUGUCUGUCAGCCUGCCUGCCUGCCUUCCUAACCUUCCUAGUUGCCUGUCUGUCAGCCUGCCUGCCUGCCUUCCUAACCUUCCUAGUUGCCUGUCUGUCAGCCUGCCUUCCUGCCUUCCUAACCUUCCUAGUUGCCAGUCAGCCUGCCUGCCUUCCUAACCUUCCUAGUUGCCAGUCAGCCUGCCUGCCUUCCUAACCUUCCUAGUUGCCUGUCUGUCAGCCUGCCUGCCUGCCUUCCUAACCUUCCUAGUUGCCUGUCUGUCAGCCUGCCUUCCUGCCUUCCUAACCUUCCUAGUUGCCAGUCAGCCUGCCUGCCUUCCUAACCUUCCUAGUUGCCAGUCAGCCUGCCUGCCUUCCUAACCUUCCUAGUUGCCUGUCUGUCAGCCUGCCUGCCUGCCUUCCUAACCUUCCUAGUUGCCUGUCUGUCAGCCUGCCUGCCUGCCUUCCUAACCUUCCUAGUUGCCUGUCUGUCAGCCUGCCUGCCUGCCUUCCUAACCUUCCUAGUUGCCUGUCUGUCAGCCUGCCUGCCUGCCUUCCUAACCUUCCUAGUUGUCUGUCUGCCUGCACUCCCCUUUUCGUCUUCCUCCGUUGCCAGGGGUGAGGAGGGGGAAGCGCGGCACGGAGGGGGAUGGGGGGUGUCUAACCCGCGUUAACCUUCCCACUCCCGCAGUGAAAAAGGAGCACGGUUAUUGGACAAGACGGAGCCGUGUUAUAUAAGGGCUUAUGUAAGAAUGCAUCUGUCUCCCAAUACGCAAUUGUGUGGGUGCCAACCAACCGCCCCACCAUCUCCACCUCACAACAGAACAUACAGGAUGUUUUGGUCUAUUCACACACACACACCCACACACACACACACACACACACACACACACGUGUUUGUGCCUGUGUAUGUGGUGUGCUGUAUGUACAGUAUAUAGGUUCUGUGUGUAUUUUUCUCUGUGGGGAAUAUGGAUAUAUUUCUCUACGGUAUCUCUUCCCUCUCUCUCUCCAUACGUAGGUAGUCUCAGAUGUGAGCAGAUGCCGUGUUGUUUGAUAAGGGCUGAGGAGGAUGCGUUGUGGAGAAGAAGUUGGAGGACAUGCAUUCCCUAUGGACUCUCAGUGGGUGGAUGAGAUGCUAGGAGUUAGAUGAUUAUGGUGGCUGCGGUGGGAGAGCUAUUUCCAGACCAUGUUCCAUCACCGUUUGGUGGAGAGACAAGCGUGACUUUGGCUGGAUGCCGAACUUGACAAACACCAAGAGAACUUUCUCCUGCAUUGAUGUUAAUGUGCGUAUCAGGUCAGGAUUUGGGUCUAUCCCUGGAGCUUUCAGAGAACUGUCAUUAUUUCUGCUCUGGGUGUCAAGUUCUCUGGGAUGUAACUUAGGCAAAGUUUUCAGUGGCUUCUGCCUCAGCCUGUCCUCUUUCUUUGCCUCUUCCUCCUGCCUCUCUCCAGCCGCUGUACUGCUGGCCCAUAGUGACCCUGGGGCCAGUUCUGCUCAGCUCCUCUCUGCCCCCCCCCCCCCCCCCAUCCAGGACUCGGAGCCUGGCAGUGCCCAGGACUGGCACCAGCCAAGGCUUCAGUCUGAACACAUGGUGUAGUGGCAACACUGUGCCAAUCAGCCAGCUCUCCUGUGGCGCGCCACUGGCCAAAUCACUAAUAUGUUCCUUUAGCCUACACAGUAUGAAAAAUGGAUGCACUCACUACUGUUGCUCCUGUAAGUCGCUCUGGAUAAGAGCGUCUGCUAAAUGACUAAAAUGUAAAUGUAAAUGUACUGUAAGUCACUCUGGAUAAGAGUGUCUGCUAAAUGACUCCCACAUCCCCAUCCGGUAGUGUAUUCAUACCCUUUCCUCUGAAAGUCUGAGUAGUUUAGUGUAGUAGGCUUUUUUCUGUCUCAAGGUUUCACGUACAGUGCCUUGCAAAAGUAUUCAUGCCCCUUGGCGUUUUUCCCAUUUUGUUGCAUUACAACCUGUAAUUAAAAUUUAUUUUUAUUUGGAUUUCAUGUAAUGGACAUACACAAAAUAGUCCAAAUUGGUGAAGUGAAAUGAAAAAAAUAACUUAAAAAAUUGAAGUGCAUAUGCAUUCACCCUCUUUGCUAUGAAGCCCCUAAAUAAAAUAUGGUGCAACCAAUUACCUUCAGAAGUCACAGAAUUAGUUAAAUAAAGUCCACCUGUGUGCAAUCUAAGUGUCACAUGAUCUCAGUAUAUAUACACCUGUUCUGAAAGGCCCCAGAGUCUGCAACACCACUAAGCAAGGGGCACCACCAAGCAAGCGGCACCAUGAAGACCAAGGAGCUCUCCAAACAGGUCAGGGACAAAGUUGUGGAGAAGUACAGAUCAGGGUUGGGUUAUAAAAACAUAUCUGAAACUAUGAACAUCCCACGGAGCACCAUUAAAAUCCAUUAUUAAAAAAUGGAAAGAAUAUGGCACCAUAGCAAACCUGCCAAGAGAGGGCCGCCCACCAAAACUCAUGGACCAGGCAAGGAGGGCAUUAAUCAGAGGCAACAAAGAGACCAAAUACAACCCUGAAGGAGCUGCAAAGCUCCACAGUGGAGAUUGGAGUAUCUGUCCAUAGGACCACUUUAAGCUGUACACUCCACAGAGCUGGGCUUUACGGAAGAGUGGCCAGAAAAAAGCCAUUGCUUAAAGAAAAAAAUAAGCAAACACGUUUGGUGUUCGCCAAAAGGCAUGUGGGAGACUCCCCAAACAUAUGGAAGAAGGUCCUCGUGUCGGAUGAGACUAAAAUUGAGCUUUUUGGCCAUCAAGGAAAACACUAUGUCUGGCGCAAACCCAACACCUCUCAUCACCCCGACAACACCAUCCCCACAGUGAAGCAUGGUGGUGGCAGUAUCAUGCUGUGGGGAUGUUUUUCAUCGGCAGGGACUGGGAAACUGGUCAGAAUUGAAGGAAUGAUGGAUGGCGCUAAAUACAGGGAAAUUCUUGAGGGAAACCUGUUUCAGUCUUCCAGAGAUUUGAGACUGGGACGGAGGUUCACCUUCCAGCAGGGCAAUGACCCUAAGCAUACUGCUAAAGCAACACUUGAGUGGUUUAAGGGGAAACAUUUAAAUGUCUUGGAAUGGCCUAGUCAAAGCCCAGACCUCAAUCCAAUUGAGAAUCUGUGGUAUGACUUAUAGAUUGCUGUACACCAGCGGAACCCAUCCAACUUGAAGGAGCGGUAGCAGUUUUGCCUUGAAGCAUGGGCAAAAAUCCCAGUGGCUAGAUGUGCCAAGCUUAUAGAGACAUACCCCAAGAGACUUGCAGCUGUAAUUGCUGCAAAAAGUGGCUCAACAAAGUAUUGACUUUGGGGGGGGGGGGGGGGUGAAUAGUUAUGCACGCUCAAGUUUUGUGUUUCACAAUAAAACAUAUUUUGCAUCUUCAUAGUGGUAGGCAUGUUGUGUAAAUCAAAUGAUACAAACCCCCCCAAAAUCAAUUUUAAUUCCAGGUUGUAAGGCAACAAAAUAGGAAAAAUGCCAGGGGGGGGUGAAUACUUUCGCAAGGCACUGUAGCUGGCGGGGUGCAGUGGGAGUCUCGCUCUCUCUCUCUAUUUCUCUCUCGCACCCUCUCUCUUUGCUUCCCUCUCUCUCUCUCUCUCUCACUCACUCACUCACUCACUCACUCACUCACUCACGCACACACACACAUAUAUAUAUAUAUAUAUAUAUAUAUAUAUAUAUAUAUAUAUAUAUAUAUAUAUAUAUAUAGUGAUAGCCUGGAGAAGCCAGUCUGUCUAGCAGGCAGAGCAGCAGUGUUGAGUCAGGCGUGCGUGUUGAGGUGUGCUAUCAGAGCCACGUUAGGGAGGAGAGGGUGAGCGGCAAUGAUAAAUGGAGGGACACACUAGCAAAAAUUGGUGGAGCUGUAUGCAAAGCGCUCCAUUUUGUUUGAUGUGAAACAAAAGGACCACCAUGAUAAAAGUGCCUGCCAGCCAGCACAGCAAGACAGCAGCCCCUCAGUUGAAGAUACACAGCCCUGUGUGUGUGUGUGUUUGCAUGCGCACAUACAGUGUGUGUGUAUGUAUCACAUUUACAUUUGAGUCAUUUAGCAGACGCUCUUAUCCAGAGCGACUUACAGUUAGUGAAUGCAUACAUGUCUUUUUUUAAUUAUUUUUUUCAUACUGGCCCCCUGUGGGAAACGAACCCACAUCCCUGCCGGCCAAACCCUCCCCUACCUUGGAAGACGCUGGACCAAUUGUGCGCCGCCCAUGGGUCUCCCGGUCGCGGCCGGCUGCGACAGAGCCUGGACUCGAACCAGGAUCUCUAGUGGCACAGCUAGCACUGCGAUGCAGUGCCUUAGACCACUGCGCCACUCGGGAGUAUGUAUCUGGCACGUGUAUGUCUGUGUCAACUACAUUAUUAUUAUAUAAUUCCCUAUACAUGCUUUAUGUCUGUGCUGUAUUAUAGAGCUGAAAUACAGACAUCUAAUUUCUAUCUCUUGAUGAAUAGUCUCGGAGAGCUCCCUCCCCGCUUAGGCUAAAUUGGACUGUUUAAAUGUCCUGCCUACAUACCUGGUUUCAUUUUAAUUGAUUUGCUUGUUUUUGAAAGAAACCUCAAUACCUACAGCGGCUUGCUAGAUUGAUAGACCAAAGCCUUUCUUCCACGCAACACAUUGUACCCCCACUGAAACCAUCUAUCAGACACCCACCGUGAUUAUGUACAAAUGGCCUUCAUUGGCCAUCCAUUUUAAAGUGCUACUACCGCAGCAUUGUGACGAGACGUAGCAAGAUGGCGGUCUCUGAAAUGACGGCGGCUUUGCCGUCUGAAAGGGAUACUCACAAUAGCCUUUGUGAAAAUUUCACCUCAAUAGCCUGCCGUCAUUUUCUUUAUUUCCUCAAUCAUUUUUGGUUAAUAGAUUCCAUUUUUGGUGAGUUUGUGAAGUGUUUAUCUCUGUGCUGCCGCCUGCCGUAACUCGAUUCACGGGCGAUUGUUUAGUUGGUUGUCUAUUUGCAUUUUUGUUUCUGGGGUAAUGCUUCACAAUCAAGCUCAUGCAGAUCACCAAGCAAGAGAGAGAGAGAGAUGUUAAGAUGUAUGUGCGUGCAUACUUGCUGGUGUCUCUUUGCUGCUGUUUAGGGUGAUACGUAAAGACUGUCUAGACGGACUGACCCCUCCUAAGAGCAGACCAGAUGAAUCAGCCACAGAUCUCCUCUCUAACCUCGGCUGGCUCUGUUAUCCACCUGUUAUCCACCAAGUACAUAGUGUCCUACAUCUCUCUCUCUCUCUCUUGCUUGGUGAUCUUAGGCUUGUGUGCAGCUGCUCAGCCAUGGAAACCCAUUUCAUGAAGCUCCUGACUAACAGUUCUUGUGCUGACGUUGUUUCCAGAGGCAGUUUGGAACUCGUAGUGAGUGUUGCAACAGAGGACAGAAGAUUUUUACGCUCUACGCGCUUCAGCACUCGGCGGUUGCGUUCUGUGAGCUUGUCUGGCCUACCACUUCGCGGCUGAGCCGUUGUUGCUCUUAGGCGUUUCGACUUCACAAAAACAGCACUUACAGUUGACCGGGGCAGCUCUAGCAGGGCAGAAAUUUGACGAACUGACUUGUUGGAAAGGUGGCAUCCUGUGACGUUGCCAAGUUGAAAGUCACUGAGCUCUUCAGUACGGGCCAUUCUACUGCCAAUGUUUGUCUAUGGAGAUUGCAUGGCUGUGUGCUCGAUUGUAUACACCUAUCAGCAACGGGUGUGGCUGAAAUAGCCAAAACCACUAAUUUGAAGGGGUGUCCACAUACUUUUGUGUAUCUAUGACCAACAGAUGCAUAUCUGUAUUCCCAGUCAUAUGAAAUCCAUAGAUUAUGGACUAAUUUAUUUAUUUCAAUUGACUGAUAUCCUUAUAUGAACUGUAACUCAGUAAAAUCUUGAAAUUGUUGCGUGUUGCGUUCAUAAUUUUGAUCAGUAUAGUUAGCAUUCUAGCUGAAUUACAUAGUCUCUGGCUGUUUACAGUGAAGGCUGCUUACACUGUGAAACUGUUUGUGAUUGUGUGUGUGUGUGCAUGCGUCGGGCGUGUGUGUUCAUGUGUGUUUUUGUGAUUUGUACAUUAUGUUUCUAUUAUCAAAUGUAUUCAUUUUCUCUAAUAUAAUAACGUAUAGAUAUAUGACAUAGAUAACGUACUAUCAUUCCUCAUGAAGCUUCUUGAGAGAAUGCCAAGAGUGUGCAAAGCUGUCAUCAAGGCAAAGGGUGGCUACAGAAUCUGAAAAAUAAAAUAUAUUUUGAUUUGUUUAACACAUUUUUGGGUUACUACAUGAUUCCAUAUGUGUUAUUUCAUAGUUUUGAUGUCUUCACUAUUAUUCUACAAUGUAGAAAAUAGUCAAAAAUAAAGAAAAACCCUGGAAUGAGUGUGUCCAAACUUUUACCUGGUAGUGUAGAUAUAUAGAUAACAAAAUUGAACAUAUAGAACAUUUCUAUUAAUCACCCAUCAGGUGUCAGCCAGUACUGUUACAAAAUCAAAUAAACACCUCUGCGGUAGAAUGGAAAGAUUUCUACAUCUAUUGUACAAUGUAUUCUUUUUUUGUUGUGUGGUUUAAUCCUCUUUUUUCUUUCUUUCCCAUCAUGCUGUCUUGUGUCGGAGGGUUCAGGGUUUCACCGGGUCGCCUCGACGACGCACACCGCUCUUCCUCCCCACACCGCUCUUCCUCCCCACAAACACACACACACGUUACCAUGGCAAUAUAAUUGAAAAUCAUUACAUCUCAAACAAGGAUUGUUAAAGUGACUAUUCAUAAUUCUCCUCUCUCACAUUUUUUUUUUGGUCCUCUCUUAUUCCAUUUCUCGCCAAGUGAAAAGGAGAGAAAAAUCUAUCCAUCCUAGCCUGUUGUGUAAGGAUAGGCUUUUUUUAUUCCCUUCCUCCUUUUCAGGCCGGUGAAGGAAACCAACCUAGUUUAAGAGUUCACUUGAAUCUUAAGGGAUUCAUCAUUACAUAUUUACUGGCUGCAGCUGAUAUAGCUGUAAGGUUUUACCCAGAACCAUUGAUCUACUGCGCAUGUUCGCUCCCGAGGUUACAGGACGUGCUUAUAUUUGCAUAAGGCCCUGGGCAAGGUUCUUUUUAGCAUUGAUUGGCCUGUCCAUGAGAGCCCGGUGCCUCCUCGCAUUGAUCGUUUAGUUUUUUCCCGGAGACAGUGCUACACAGAGUUCACAUCCAACAUCAUAGACCUGCCAGGGAAAGAGAGGAGGAGAGAAGAGUGAAAACUUUACCAGUAAUAUCUUAAUAAAUUGUCACACUCCUGACUCCUCUCCCUCUGACAGUUAGCAGAGUCAGUUUCUCUUUCACCCUUCUAGUUACCUCCAUCCACUCCCUCCUUCUCCUUCUAGUUACCUCUUCAUCCUCUCCCUCCUCCUUCUAGUUACCUCUUCAUCCUCUCCCUCCUUCUCUACCUUUAUCUUCUCAUAUAAUGGUGUGUUCAUGCAAAUAUACUUGUAGUGCACAAAAUACACACACAUUCAUUGGCACACACACACAAACACUCUUCCUCCAUCUGAGCCCCACCGUACAUGCAGUACCAGAGUAUUAUCAGCUUCCAGCUAAAAUCGAACAGCUUCCACCUUCUCCUCCCCUCCAGCCCCCUCCUUCCCUCCUUCCUCACCCUCUAUUUCAACCCUUGCUUUCUAACAAUGAGAGAGAAAUAUUCCCCCCCCCCCCCCCCCCCCCCCCCCCCGUCCCCUGAUUCUCCUGUCUUUUACAUGUUGUUUUUUUCUGUCUCUACACCUCUCUCCAUCUCUCCCUCCUUUUCUGUCCAUCUCUUCUCAGAUUGAACUCGCCACUGAUGGCGCAGACAAAGCCAAAGUCAUUUUAUGCUUUCUCUUUUUGUGUACCUGCACGGUGUCAGAGGGCAAACAUGCUAAUUUCCCCCCCACACACACACACACGCACUGCGUGGUCAGGCUGGCGUUGCGUGGUGUGUGUAGCAGCAGUGGUGGCGGCGUCGUCAGUGGCUAGGCUCCCAUGCUGCAUCUUUCUUUGUUCCGCUCUCCUAGCUGAGCCCGUCGCUUUGUCUCUCUCCCUCGCUCUGCCUCAGAGGUGAACUCUCCCUCUACACUCCGCCUGAGCCCGACCUCCUCUCUCUCUCUCUCUCUCUCUCUCUCUCCUCUCUCUCUCUCUCUCUCUCUCUCUCUCUCUCUCUCUCCCCCCCCCCCCCUCUCUUACUCUCUGCGCCCUUUUCCCUCUGACGAGUCUUCUUUUCCCUCUGUCUGUGCUGUGAGUGUAACAGUAUGUAGUUAGCGAUCUGUCAUUUAGCUGCUUAGGAUAGUGAAGGGGUAGACUGCAGAGAGAAGAUGGAAGGUGAGAAUGAUCGGAGACAACAGAUAGCUCAGCCGAAUAGCCUGUCUAACGUCUCGCCUUUAUCCUACAUUUCCUUUUGGGAAUACUACCAAUUUCAGUGAAUCGGAAUAGCUACACUCCCAUUUAAAUACAUACCAUCAAAAAGUAAAUAGAAGGAAAUUGACCUGGCCCGGUCUUGUAGGUAUUGCUCGAUGAUAUCUAAAUGCGAGUGAUACGACAGCUUUUACCUGCGACUCACAGCUGGCUGAAAUAGUAGAACAGUAAAAUAGUAAAAAGUAGAACAGAGAAAAUAAGUGGUUGAAAAGAUCUCGGGGGAGGAGAGGCGGACCCCGGUACCAAUGUCUGUGACUCUGGGUUGACUCUGCAGCCCUCUCCCACUGUCUCUCUCUCUUCUCUACCUCCCUCUUCCCCUCCCUUCCUCCCCUCUCCUCCUGCCUUUCUCUCUCCGUCUCUCUCCAUGUCUCUGUGCUGUCUACGUUUAUUGUAGAGAAGGUAUUUUAUGGCACUCUGUAGAAAGAACUUUUGAAAUUCCAGGUUGACUUUUUCCCCUGUAUGUUUUUGGUAGAGUUUAUUUUUGUGGCGUGCAACGUGCACACUUUUCACAUGCACUCACAGGGGAUAAUACUGUCAAGGUAAAGACAGAAUAUCAUACAAGGAAGCUGUCUACUAGUCCAUCUGGCAGUGUGUUCUUAUUGUGCUAUGCUGUUGUGGUGGUAUUAUAUGCGACACCUCACCUUCCAAUACAUCAAGACCCAUGUUUGAAUUCUUUACAACUGUUUUUUGUGGGGGUAUGUUUAAGUUAUGUACCUGCGCUAAAACAUAUUUAAUUUUUAAGUCCGGAAAGCGGACACUGAAAAGAGAUGAACUGUUUUAUGUGCCAUUUUAAGGUUUUAUGUGCUGUGAAAUAUGAUGGGGUUGUGAAGCAGCAGAGAGGGAAGAAAAAAAUGAAAGGGAGAGAGAACCUCUGCGUCUUUGCCUCCUGGCUUGGAACAGCCUUUGAUGUCAAAGCUAGCUCGGAGCUGAAUGCGGAACUCACCGAGGUGCAGGCCUUGUUUCACGGUGGGAAUCUGAGGCUACGCACUGCACUGUCCAUCCCAGAAAGAAAGAAAAAAGACACACACAAACACACUCACACACAAGCCGAUGUGUGUGUAAUAGAGGAGUUUGAAUUGAGGGGCCGGAGAGAUAUACAGAGAAAGGGAAUCAGACUGACCUGGACCUUUUGCUCUUCUUCUUCUUCUUCUUCUUCUUCUUCUUCUUCUUCUUCUUCUUCUUCUUCUUCUUCUUCUUCUUCUUCUUCUUCUUCUUCUUCUUCUUCUUCUUCUUCUUCUUCUUCUUCUUCUUCUUCUUCUUCUUCUUCUUCUUCUUCUUCUUCUUCUUCUUCUUCUUCUUCUUCUUCUUCUUCUUCUUCUUCUUCUAG